GUGGUUUCUCGAAGCGUGCACAAAAUAUAAAACAAUAGUAUUACUAACACAAACUCAACCUGAUAGUCGGUAUAAUACAAGUACAUCACAAUUUAAAUGUUGUUUAUCACUAUACAUUUUGUCGAUUCCCAUUGGUUAGAUUUGUUUGGAUGCAUUAUCUUCAAUCUUGUUAAAUAAAAAAAGGCCAUUCAAAUUAUUAUAAUUUAUAAAUUUUAAUUAAAUACGUAUAUUUAUACCCAAUUUUAAUAAUAUAGUUAGUUUUUUUUAUAUUACUUAUUAUAGCUAAUAUUGAUUAUCUAAAUUAAUUAUCAAUGUUUCUAAUUCGAAAAUCGUGCGGAAGACUGUUAUCUCUUUUUACACAUAAUACAUCUUUGUCGUUCAAAUACAGCUCAUCAAAAAAUAGGUAUAGGACUCGUUCGAAAAUGGCCUUGCCUAGCUUACCGAUUGUUAGCAAUGUUUCAUCCAGAGUGAUUCGCAUUUUGGGAUGCAAUCCUGGUUUUAUGACUUUACAAGGCACUAAUACUUAUGUAGUUGGCACUGGUCCGCGGUAAGUUAUUAUAGGUACCAUAUUCAUAAUAUUUAAGUCUUACAAUCAAUAUUCAAAAUAAUUUAGUUUUACACUGUUGUAUUAUCAGAACGAAUGCAGUUUACAUACCAAGCGAUUUUUUGAAUUUUUUUUUUUCCAAAAUAUGUGUUUUUACAUGAUUAAUUUGAUAGUAUUUUUAAAAAAAGUCACUCAAAUAUGGAAUAAUCUUGACAUCGCUAUACAUAUCUGUUAAUGCAAUUAACUUUCAAAUAUAACUUGAGAGGAUAUCCAUGAACGCAUUUUAAUGUGUUAUAUUUCGUAAUUAGUGUACUAGACUGCAAUUUUUCAAUUACUGCUAAAGAAACACCCCUUGACAUUUUCACUUAAAUAGCUCAUAAAUAUUGAACAAAUAUAGUUCUGAUUUCAUUGAAAACUUUAUUUUAUUACAUACCUAAUGAAAAAAAAAGUUCAAAAACUCAAUUUUGAGUUACUUUAAUAUGCAUAGGAUGCAUAUUGAUACAUAUAUAUUAUGCAAUAAAAAGUAUGUAUGAUAGGUGAAUUCUUAUUUUACCAUAAUGUUAAGCAUAUAAGUACGAUCAAAUUAAGCAUGCAAUAACAUACCUUUUGGAAAAAUAUUCCAUAAAAUCGCUUGAGAGAUAAACUACAUUUAUACUGUCUUGUCCAGUGUUUCCCAAAUCCCAAAUAGAGACUAUCUCGUCACACAAUAUCUAGUACUUGGCUAUAUUUAGGUAUUUAAUCAUGAACUAGUCUGUGCCUACAGCAAAAUAUAUUUUAUCAUCUUUGUAUUCAUUUUUAUCAUUUGUAGCUUUUUAUUUAAAAAUUAUGUUUACCUAUGUAUAUUUUAUAAUAAAAUAAUAAAGUAAAAUCGAAAUUAUUAAAAUGGUUAAUACUCCUAAAUAAAUAUAUAAAAAUAAAAAUAAAUAAACGAAUGAAUGAAGAUUGACCUAAAGAAUACAUUUCUGAAAUAAAAUAAAAAGAUUGCCAUUCAAAUUUUGCUAAACAUGUUUUGAAAAUAACCAUAAUAUAAGUGUUAAUAUUAAUAGUGACUUAGAAAUAUUAAAUACCCAAAAUCACAUUUACAUUAAUUCAGUUUUAGAAGAAUUACACAUACACAAUGAAAUAAAGAAAAUAAUUUUAAUAAUAUUUUAAAUGUACAAACUGAUUUUAAAAAUAAUAUCUUGUAUCAAUACAUUUUAGAUAAUAAAUACUAACCAAAUAAUUUAUAUUUCUUAACAUAUAUAUGUCUAAUAAUAACUAUAUAAUAAUAAUUAAAUAAUCUCUUCUAUUAAAAUAAAUUAUUUCUAUAUUCUUUGUAAAAUGACUAAUUUGUAUAGUUUUUUUUUUUAUAUAUAUUGUAUUCCUUCAUUAAAUUUUUAUAUUCAUUCGUGUUUUAUAUUUUUACUUCGAUAUACUUGAUAAUAAAUUUUUAAUUCUUAAUUUUAUGUUUAUUGUGAGAUAACUUUCUAAAAAAAACUUUAUAAUAUAUUAACUGUUUCACAAAAUUUUAUUAAAUGUACUUUAUGAUUGAGUUGUACUUAUUUGUCUAUAAUAUUUUAGUAUUUAAAUUAUUAUUGAUAUAUAUUUUAUACAGUAUAGUUACUAUCAUAUAAUAUUACUCAAUUUUGUUAUAGGCGUAUAUUGAUUGAUACAGGAGAACCAAAUUUUCCAGAAUAUAUAAAAAAUCUCCAAGAGACUAUUAAUAAUUAUAAUUUUCAAAUUGACCAUAUUAUAAUAACUCAUUGGCAUUCAGAUCACUUUGGCGGAGUGAAUAAUGUAUUAGAUAUAAUAUCUAAUAAAGAUGGUAAAAUAUUUAUUUUAUUAAAUUUCUAAACAUAAGUUUAGAACACCUUAUAGGUAUAUAAGAUGUUCUAUAUAUAAUAUAAUAUUCUAAUAUACCCAUGGUGUAUAUUUGUAAUAUUAUCAUUACUAAUUUAUAUAAUAUGAGUAUUUAAUGAAAAUGUCUUACUAGCUAACAUUAAAAACUAGGUAUCAUAAAAUAGGGUGUAUAAUGAAUAGGUUUUUUGACAUACAAACAUGAUAUAUAUUAAUUUGUUAUUUUAAAUUUAGGUAUGUAAGUUUUUAUUAUUUGAUUCCAAGGGAGGGAGAUAUUGGUUUUACUAAGGUGUUUAUUUUUUCUUUCUUCUAGUCUGUGGACACGUUUUUUCUAGUAAACAUGCUCCAAUCUGUAAGUGUAGCACAUUUCUGAAAGCUCAAGUUGUCUAGAUUGUACUUUAGAGAGGUCAUUUUUUAAAUAAAAGCACUUAAGUAAGGAAAAACGUAGGAAAACAUACAAUUUCACAAUUUCAUUAUUAUAUAAAAACAAUUUUCUACUAGAAAAAAUGAUUUGAUCGAAAAAUCACUAGAUAUUUUUUUUUGUUGCCUUUUUUUAUUUAAUUUAUAACGGUAUCAUCGCCAAAACUUUUGAACUUUUAAGGAAUUUUAAUUUUUGGGAGUUUUUUUGCUGUAAUUCGAUUAUAAAUAAAUGUAGAGACUUGAAACUUGGUAAUAAUACUUGUAUUGAAUUUACCUAGGCGUGGUAAAAUUUCCAAAAUCAUCAAACGACUUCCUUAUAAUAAGCUUUUUGAAAUCAAAUUUAAACUAAAAUCGCAAAAAUUAUUUAUAACCGAACUGCGCUUUGAAUCGUCUUUUGUCAAGCAAUGGUUUAUUAUUGUUUACAGAUAUAAAUGAAAUAACCUUAUAUAUCCUAUCUUCCCAACUUCUCACCUACAACAUUGGCCGCUCCCAUAGUUCAGUUGAUGGUGAUGUUUUGUCAACAAUAUUUUUAUUUAUUUUUUUCAAUUCGUAGAUUGGUUGAAUGAUGAAAUAUUUUUCCACUCUUCUCUAUUUAUUGGGACUCUUUAAUUCUUUAUAUAACUCUCUUCCUAUAUCCAUCAAAAUUUGUUUCAUAUAUGUCUGCCUAGGUCUUCCUCUUCCUGGCUUCCCUUCGGUUUUUCCCUCAAUUAUAGUCCAUGUUAUCCAUGUGUUAUUCCUUAUGAGAUGUCCUAUCCAUUUUUUCCAUCUCUCCACGAUUGUCAUCCAUAUUGAUCUUUUUUCAUUUAUUCUCUUAUACAGUUCUUCAUUUGUCACUCUAUCUGUCCAAAGAAUUUUUAAGAUCCUUUGCCAGCACCAUGUUUCGAAAGCCAUGUUUCUAUUUUUCUUCGGUCAUCUUUCAAUAUUGUCCACGAUUCAGCUCCAUAUAAGACCACACUCCAUACAAGUGUUUUUAUUAGUGUUUUUCUAAUGUUUAUAUUUAUUACAUUUGUGGUUAGGAGUUUCUUCUUUUUAAAAAAAGCUUGUUUAGCUUGUGUUAUUCUACAUCUUAUAUCUGUGGCACUUUUCCCAUCACUUGCCACUCUGCUUCCGGUAUGUCUAACUAUGCUAUGUACUAUAUAUGCUAUGUAUAAUUAACUUGAUACCAUCCAUUGGUGUCAACUUGUUGUCUGUUACCAACUAGAAUCUUAGUCUUCGUCUUAUUAAUAUUCAUAUUGUAUUCUUGUUUAAGCAUGUUAUUCAUUUUUUGAAGCAUUCUUUCUAGAUUUUCUUCACUGUCUGCUACCAUAGCAAUAUCAUCUAUGAAUCGAAGCAUCUGAACCAGCAUCCCAUCAAUCUUCAUCCCUCCUAUAAUCUUCCUCUCAGAUCUUUUAGCGCUUCCUCAAUGUAUAAGUUAAAUAAAGUAGGUGAUAAAUAACACCCUUGUCUUACCCCUUUUUGCACUUUCGUCUCUUUGUAUGUAUCGUAUUCGCUUUUUAUCACAGUCUUUUCAUUUAUAUAUAAUGUUUGCAUUAAUUAUUUGUCUUUAAAGUCAAUACUUAUCUUAUCCAUAAUAUGAAAACAAUUUUCCCAUCUAACAUUGUCGAAUGCCUUUUCCAAAUCUAUAAAGGUUAUAUAUAUGGGUUUAUUUAUUCUGAACAUUUUGUCUAUAAUUAGUCUAAGACAUAAAAUUGCUUCUCUUAUUCUUCUAUUUUUUCUAAACCCAAAUUGAUCUUCUGUUAGAAUAUCCUCUAUUUUCUUUUCUAUCCGUUUAUGUACUAUUUUUGUUAACAUUUUCGACGCAUGGAAUAUUAGGUUUAAUGUUCUAUAUUCUUUGCAUCUCUCUGCUUUUUGCUUUUUUGAUAUAGGUAUCAUUACACAUUUUUUGAAGUCUUUAGGCUCCCAGGGGUGUCAUAUGUUAUUAUCAAGGGAGGCGCAUUCUCAGUAGAAACUAAAAAUGAAAAUGUAGUAUAAUAUAGUUUUUGUUAUCUUUUUUUUGAGGCCAUUAAGUCCGCGCAUCAGUACAUGUUGUGCGCGCGCGUGUGUAGCGAUAAUAGUAAAUUAAGUCUAUUUAUGUGUUUGCGAUAUCGAGUAAUGGCAUACUUCGAUUAAUAUUUAAUAAUUAGUCUAAGUCUUAAUGAAGUCUUGCUGUCUGUUAUUGAAAAAGUUAAUUUCAUCAAAACUUGCCCUAUAAAGUCCCGGUGUUUUGAAAAUAUGUGUGAAGAUAUGGGGGCUGAACAUACCGCUCUUUGAAAAACUCAAUGUAUUAAAUGUAUUUCUACAAGGUAAUGAGACCUACAUUUUGCAAUUAACUGAAAAAAUUACUUCUUUUAAAAGGAAAUUAGUCUGUGGAAUACUAAAAUUGAUGAAAGUGCUUUAAAUGACUGUUUCCCCACAUUGUAUAUGUUCCUUCAUGAAAAUAAUUUAAACUUUAUACAAUUUUUCAAAUUAUUAUUCAUGGAACACUUAUCACAACUUAUUGUUCACUUCCAAAAUUAUUUUCCCGAGGACGAUCAACAAUAAAAUUGGAUUGAAGAUCCUUUUAUUACUGACCUACCCUCAGAAUUAACAUUUUCUGAACAAGAACAACUAAUAGACUUAUCCUCAAAUUCAGCAUCAAAAUCCAAAUCCAAAAAUCAUCAUCUUUACCAAAAUUUUGGAUAGCUAUGAAGAAGCAGUAUCCAAUCGUAGCCAAUAAGAUCUAUCAGGACUUUGAUUCCAUUUACUUCUUCAUACUUAUAUGAAAUGGGUUUUUCGGUCUUAGCAGUUAUUAAAACUAAAUGAGAAUCGCACUUUUAAAAUUUACGCCACGAUUUGAUAAUAUUAUACAAAGAAAAAAAAAAGCACAGCCAUUCCAUUAAAUAUUAAAAUUAUUAUUAUUAUUAUUGUAUUAAUUUUUUAAUUUUUCUAUUAUUAAAUAAUUACAUGUUUAUCAUUAAAUAAAGUUAAAUAAAAAUGAUUAAAUAAUGUAAAUUUGUUUAUUUUAAAUAUUCGUAUGGAAGUCGUAUAUUUUAUUUCAAAAUCAAAAGGAGCUGUUGAUCCAAAAAGGUUGACAUCCACUGGUAUACACCACAUUAUUAUGCAUAUAUUGUGUAUGAUUAAAACCUUUAAUGUUUUGUGCUCGUUAUUAUACUAUAAUAUACAACAUGGGUUUCUGCUAAAAAUGACAUUUCCAUUUUCCACCAAAACUUUUUUGCUUCAUUUAUAAAUUACAAGAUUUUGUGGUGUGGGAAUCUCUUUUCUAAAUUAUUUUUCUAGUUAGUAAAUGAUAUUAUUUAUAUGCUUACAUAAGAAUUUUUGAAUAAUUUGCUUCUAAUUAUUUUCGUGGACACCGCUGUAGCUUGUCUUAAAAAAUAUUAUGAAUUCUAUGACAAUUUGACAAAACUCUCAAAAACGGCCAGGUCUCUUCGAAACAUGAUGUGACAUUUAUUUACAUUGUUUUAAAAAAAUAAUUAUUUCUUAUAAUAAAUCCAUAUCAUUUUGUUUCAGACUGUAAAGUUUGGAAGUUUAUUCCUAAAGAUGAUAAAAAAAGAGAAUAUAGAUGUUUAUUAAAUUCUUUAGUAAAUAAUCAAGAGUUUCAUGUUGAUGGAGCUACAUUAAAGUAUAUAAUUACUGUUAAUUUGUUUUACUAUUUUUUUUUUUUUUUUUUUUUUUUUUUUUUUUUUAAUCACUAGUGUUAUUCAUUAUUAUGUAUUUAAUUUGUAUAGGAUUCAUCAUGCACCAGGGCAUACAGAGGAUCAUAUUAUUAUUACUUUGGAGGAGGAUAAUUCUUUAUUUUCAGCAGAUUGUGUACUAGGGGAAGGGACGACUGUAUUUGAUAAUUUAAAAAAAUAUUUGAAUUCUCUAAAUUUGUUAUUAGAAUUGAAGCCGAGUGUUAUAUUUCCUGGCCAUGGAUCUGUUAUAAAAGUAAUAAUUAAUAUAAAGUCUAUGAUAAAGAUUUGAUAAAUUUUGAUAUAAAAUCAUUAAAUCUUUAUGAUGAGUACACUAUUAUAUAGAAUUAUUAUUGACAACAUAACAAAUGUAAUAGUAUAUAAUAUUUUAAUUUUUUUUAUUGAUUAUAAGCUUACAAAUUUGUGAUCAGUAUUAUACUAUCAACUUUAUCCCCAACUAACUUAGAAUAUAAAAUGGAUACUUAUCAUAUUAUACUCUUUUAAAAAAAGCCUCUUAUUUGUGAAAUUUAGUGAAUUUGUUUUAACUAUAGAAGUUAGAUAAAAAAUUAGAUUCAAUUGCAUUACUGUCCCAACUGAAACAAAAAUCUGGAGUUUCAAAAAUAUUAUAUUAGUAUGUGUUGAUUAUUUUACCCACCAACAUCUUAAAAAGAAAAAUGUGAUGAACGUCCUUUAUGGCUUGUAUAGUACUAAAAAUAGAAGAAUAUUUUAAUAAUAUUUGAACAUUUAUUAAAGUAUUAUUCUUAAUUAUAAUAGUAUAAUUCUGUGUUGAAUAUUUUAUUUAUCUAUGUAUCUAUCUAGUAUUUUAUAUUUUCUUUCAAUAAUGCCCCAUCUGUGGGAGACAUCUAGUGAUAUACAAUAAAAUGAUUAACAGGUUUUUAAUUUUUUUUUAGUGAUUUAGCAUGUACUGUAAAAAAGUAACAGAAGUUAUAUAUUGUCAACCCCAGUUAAAAAUCAAUACUAAAAUCAAAAUAACUUAUGUUUUCCAGGAUCCGAUUGUUCGUGUCAAUAAAUAUAUUAAGCAUAGAUUAGAAAGAGAAAUUGAAAUGUAUAACUUAAUUAAUAAAAGUCCUAAUACAUCAUUGUCUGAAGAAGAUAUUGUAAAUUCAAUGUAUAAGGUAAGAUAAGCGUUUUAAAUUGUUAUCCAUUAAAUGGAUAUUAAAUAUCACUUAAGUUGAAUAUAAUUAUGUGUACAUGAUUUUAUUUUUAAUGUUUAAGUUAUUUUUAAGUACCUACAUGUAUAUACAGGGCAGUGCUAAGUAGUCCUUUGGUGAUGCACAUUAAACAAAUUGUACCUAUGUAUAACUAAUAAGUACAACCAAUUCAGAAAAAAAUGAACUAAAACAAAUAUUUUAUUGAGAUAUGUGUAUAAUUGUUUUUAAGAAUUAAAUUAUUACCUCUGAUACAGGGUAAUUUUUUUAUGAUGAUCCAAUAAUUUUCUCAGAUGAUAUGAAGUAAAUUUAUUUUUGCUUAUUUCA